AUAUAUAUGGGAAAGAGGAACCAUUUCCAACCUGUCUCAACACCUCCAAAACACUAUAUUCAUAUUUCUAAAUUUUUAAUUUGAUAUUCUAGCAUGUAAUCGGACCUUUUUUUUAGCAAAAUCUUUGCCAGGUUAAGGGACUAUACGAUAUGACGUGACUUUCGCUUUGUACGGGCUAUAUGCGCCCACAGUUGGGCUAUAUGUGGCUUUCGCCCUAUACGGGAUAUAUGCGCCCGCUAUUGGGCUAUAUGAUCAGGAAAUGGAGAGGGUGCUUGUGACUGGCGGUGAAGGCUAUUUAGCUUCUUUUCUUAUCAAGAAACUUUUAGAAAGGGGUUACAUAGUUAAUGCUACUCUUCGAAAUCUAAGUGAUGAUGCAACGGUAGGAUUCCUAAAAGGGCUAACUCAUUCACAAACAAGAUUGCAUCUAUUCGAAGCUGAUAUAUAUAAUCCAGGUGAUUUCGAAGUCGCUAUUCAAGGAUGCGCUUUUGUGUUCCACGUAGCCACGCCUUUGCAGCACAAUGAAAACAGUACUCGGUACAAGAAUACUACUGAGGCAGCUGUAGAUGCGCUGAAAAUGAUAGCUGAAAGCUGCGUGAGAUGUAAAACGGUGAAGAAAUUGAUCUACACCGCCUCGGCGAUGGCGGUGUCGCCCUUGAAAGACGACGGCUCCGGCUACAAGGAUGUCGUCGACGAGACCUGUUGGACUCCUCUCAAUCUCACCUACUAUCCAAUGUUCUCUGAUUAUAUAUACUCAAAGGCAUUGACCGAGAAAGAAGCAUUGAGAUACAACAAGCAUGGAAUCGAGGUGGUGUGCCUUGUUUGUGGGCUCAUUGGAGGCGAAGCGACCAAAUCUUUCGUCUCUGCGAGCGCGUACAUGCUUUUAGCACAAGCCAUGAAGGAUGAAACAUUAUACAAAAGUUUGAGAGAAUUGGAAAAUUUGGGUUCCAAAGUUGCAAUAGUACACGUGCAAGAUGUUGUUGAAGCACACAUUUUUGCAAUGGAGACUUCAGAGAUGAAUGGGAGAUAUCUUGUUGCUAGUGACUUCUUGAAAUCAACAGAGAUUGCAUCUCUCAUUCAUAAACAUUUCCCAGACAUAGCCAUCCCUAAAGAGUUCAUUGAAGAUACAAAAAGAGAAACCAAAUGGGAUUCGAGAAAGAUGCAGGAUUUGGGAUUUGAGUACAAGUGUGAUGCUGAUAAGAUUAUAUGUGAUAGCAUUGCUUGUGCCAAGAGAUUGGGUGCAAUUUAAUCAAUGGUACCAAACAUGAUCUAAGUAUAACCCGGAGUUUUGAAGAUUGAACAAUCAUGACGGGCUUAAUUAUUAUGAGCAUUGUCAUAUUCGGAGAUUAUAGGGAUCAGACCACCAUAGAUUCACUAAUUACCAGGACCUCUUUUGUUACACCAUGUACUGAGAUGGCUGGCCUCAAAGAUAACAAGCCAAGUGCAAAGAGAAAACAAGAUUACAAGUAUACUAAGUACAAGUAAUGACAAUCGGAACCCUAGCUAUGUUCAAGUCUUCUACAAGACUUGGACCUCAAGCUCCCCCCAAUUGAAACCUGCACACUGAGUAACAGAAUCAGUACAACAAGCAACCGAUCUCGAAGGAUCUAAACCAAAAGAAAAAUCUAGAAAGAAAUCAGAGAUUUGGAAGAUAUGGCUCAGGCCACUGCACUAGGCCUUGGACCUCCCCAAAUCUCAACCGAUUGUCACAAAAGAAAGAACUGCUGAACGUACUGGACCGUCAGAGAUCAGAAACCCCAGGUCUCUCUGACUACCGCUCACCGCGGCCACCUCAACACGCAAAUCGUCACGAACAACUCCGUGACCUCUCAAGAACAACUCCAAUCACACAUCGAUCUAAUUAACUUCAGAGUCAGAUCUAACACAAGAUCUCGAAGGAAACUGAAGCAGUGACCUAAACUCAAGAUCUUCACCGAUAGAUCUCACUAAAACAAAGAAUAAUUAGUGGAAACAGAAGAUCAGAGAAGAAAACCGGAUGUAACCGACAUGAGAGAGAGAGAGAGAGAGUAAAGAGAAGGCAGUGUAUCACCAAGAGAGAGACAAAUGAACAGACUGAAAUGAGAGAGUGAAGGAGGAGGGGAGUCUUAGCUCUCCAAACUAACACAACCCUUAAUCCAACGGUCAUGGCUCGUGGUCCACGUGGAGUGCACACGUGGCAGCCAUUGGAGCUUAUCAGGUAAGUGAAUCAAAUGAAACGGGUCUAUAAGACUUGGGCCAUCAUUUUAAUUCACAAUGGGCUUGUUAAGACCCAGCCCAAUCUGAUUGUGGUUCAAUUAAUUCAACAGAGGUGAAAACACCAGAGCAACAUAAAUAAUUU